AUGAUUUCAGGUUGCGGAAGUAAGUCGGAAGUGGAAGACAUUCAUUUCACUGGACUGCUCGAUGCUCAGUAUUUGUAUCUCACGCCGGCUUCAGCCAAAUGCCGACAGAGUUCUACUGCUUAUGGUGCCACUGGCAAGAACGUAUCAACUGUUGGGCCAGUGCCUGGAAGUUCUGUCGAACUGCAUCUGGACAGUGCAAUUUAUGGCGAUAACGCUGGAAUCCAGUCCCUCAAUGGUGUGCUGCAAGUGCUCCGAUACGGUGGCUAUGGAGUAAAGGCGAGCGGCCUCGUUGGCUUGUAUCUUGACUUGGAUGUUUCCUGGAUGCAGUUCAUCACUGGCCGUGCGCCC